CUGUUUUCCUUUAUUAAUGCCAGAUACUAAAAUAUCCCUUACGUGGUAUAUGACUGUACUGAUUAGCUGCCGAAUACUGAAAUGUCCGUUAUGCAGUCCAUGAGGGAUUACCUGGACUCAGGUAUUGUGGAUUUUAAGAGCAUACUGGUGGAAGAGAUACCAAAGCUACCUAACAUCACUGCUCUGACGAUCACUAUCUCAACAUGGAGCGGGCAUUCCUAUGCUGCCAGUUUGGCAAGACUCAUUGCACAGUGCGUCAAUCUUGAAGAACUUCACAUUGACGUGAGGAGAGACUCCGCCAAGCCUGCAUGCUCCGAUGAAGCCUGCAUCUGUAACAAGGAAGGCGGGUGGGAGAACCAGGACUUCUCACUGGAGCGCCUCCGAAACUUGGACAUCGCCGGGGUCCAGGGACUGGACUACGAGGACCGCCUCCUUCAGAUGAUGCUAGCGGGCGCCCCAGCUAUCAAGAAGUUCAAGUUGCCUCCCUCGUUAGGGCAGGCAUACGAAACGUUCCUUCCUGCUAACUCCAGGGGACGUUGGAUCACUUGUGGCGAUGGUGUCUACAGGUGGACGCCCAACGAGUAGAUGCGAGACCAGUUCAGUUGUGAUAUGGAAGCCUGAAUGUCUUCGUCUUCUUUUGGAUACGGCAGAUCGAGGUUGAGAAAUUUUCGUCCACUACUUGAAGUUCAUAUGUUACUUCGUCUGCUCAUGCGUGCACUCUAAAGCCUAAAUGUUGUUGGAUGCAGCCACUCUAGUGUAUGAUGUACUAGCUGCUAUAUUUCGUAGGCUGCCGUGCGAUUUAGCUGGGGAUA